AAACAGAAAAAGGAAGAGCAGUACUUGCUUUCUCUUUCUCGAUCCCUCUCUCUCAAAAUCGCUGCUCUCAGUUCCUCUCUCACCCGCCGGCCGCCGCUCUCAAUCCCUCUCUCCCUGCUCUCAAUCUCUCUCCCUCACCUCGCCGUAAAGCCGUUCAAUCUUCCGCCGCAGCCGCACCGCACUCACUCUUUCUCUUCGUCUCGUUUGAGGCUCUCUAACAUUCCUGGAGUCGCCACUGAAAACACCUAAGGCGCGCACAAGAAGAAAAUGAUUGUUCUCAAAGACAUUGUGCCUGCAGCUCAAAACAACAUAGACACUAGAUUUAUAAUUUUGGAGAAAGGGAAGACAACACUUGAAAGGGGAAAUAAGAUGUGUUUGGCGCUUGUAGCUGAUGAAACAGCAUCUGUUCAUUUUCAGUUUUGGGGAGACGAAUGCGAUUAUUUUGAUUCGGGUGACAUAAUUUCUCUAACCAGCGGGAUCUUUUCCUACCAGCGUGGCAACCUUAUUCUUAGGGCAGGUAAGAGAGGUAAAUUACAGAAGAUAGGAGAGUUUACUAUGUCCUAUGUUGAGACACCAAACAUGAGUGAGAUUCAUUGGAUUCCAGACACAUCAAAUUCUAACAAGUAUAUUCAGGAGCAUGUAAUAUCUCCCCAUUCAUGCCUCUUCCCUCCAAUUUUGUAGAAUUUGAUAUGCAUUUUUACUUGCCGUUAAAGUUUAGUAAAAGUCGUCAACUUGUUUGUUGAUUAAUCCAUAUUAGUUGUAUAAGUUGUUAUGUUAUUAAGUGAGAGAGUUGAAUUCAUGAUUUUCUUAUCACUCUGAGUCUCUUCUGUUGGACCAUCUCCCUGUUGAUUAUGAAAAGAAAACAGGAAAUCAAAUAUGGGAAUGCUACUACUUUUGUUACCAAUAAGGUCCUACUAGUUUAGGGGGUUACCUGAGGUAACCUUGGUAGUUUUUUACUAGUUGAUAAGCUGCAAAGGGCAAUUUGCAUUUUCAAACUCCUGCAGAGUGGUUGAAGUCUUUUCUUUUUUGUCCAUGAUUAUGAAUCACAAUUUCAAUUGUCCAUUGAUUCUUGGUUGGUACAUAAAGCAUCUAUGAAACCUAAAGUCAACAAACUUGGACAUAUGUAUUGCAUUGUAGCAUGUGAGUCUUUUAUGUUGCUGUUUUGCUAUAAAGAAUCUUCAGAGUAGAAUGUUUGAGCAUAGUAGUCUAGUCCUCAUUAUUACAUAAUCAAUUGUGUAAUUUUUGUUACAGUAUUGUGUUAACUGUUUUAAUAAUCAUAAAUUUAUGAUUAUGUUCAUAUGGUAUGCAAAAAUUAGUACUCAUGGAUUUGGUUACCAAUUCCUUUUCUCGAUGGUGCAGUGCAGUGUAUUAGUGAGUGAGUGAGGUCAUAUGAAUUUACAACCAUAGCCAAAGAGACCAAUCCCAAUCAGAAACACGUGGUCACAAUUACAAUAGAAUAUUCCUGAUAUUGACAAACAAACAAACAAAUAGUCUCACCUGAAAUCCCAUUAAUUAUUUAAAUAAGAAAUAUUUAUUGAUGACACAAAUAGGCAACCACAUAGUAUACUAUAUAGUGUGGAUGUCGUUUCUUUCAUGAUUUUUUUGGUAAUAAUUGUCUUUUCUUUGGUAGUACGAAUUACUACUAUUAUACAUGAGCAAAAUGUUUCAUGAAUUUGUAUAAGAACGUGUAUUAAUUGUUUUAAUAAUAGACGACUUCAAUUAUGAAUCAUCAGAAUAUGAACUAGUUGAUCGAGUGU